GUCAUUUACAUUUUAAAGCUGCUUAGAGAAAGAGAUAGCUUAAUUUAUGGAAACGAAAAAAAGAGACAGUAUUUUCAUUGAAUGAAAGGGUAAUCAAUCAAUCACAACACCAAUUUUUCUGAAUUAUUAUUUAUUGUGAAGUGCAUUAUUGUCCAUUAAAAAUUAGAAAAUACAUGAAAAUGAAUACUAUAACAAGUGAAUUGAGUAUGCACGAUUUGAAUGUGAGAUUUUUUGAGAUAAUGCAGAAUGAAAAUAAUGCGGAAGCUGCAGCAAAUUAUAUCUACGAAGCUGUUUGCGACGAUGUGACCCUAGGAUUUGCUUUUGAGUUCCACCAUGGGCUGAAGACGGGCUUGACUGAAUUGAUGGAAGGUGAGAAAGAAGAAGAAGAGCCUUACAAAAUAGUGAGCACACCAGAAUGUGACGUUUUUGGUUUCUCAAUGAUGAAGAAAACACCUGAUUCAAAUUGUUCCUGUCCAAAUUGCGAGAGGCCUGUUUCGGCUACAAGAUUUGCUCCUCAUCUAGAAAAAUGCAUGGGUAUGGGUCGCAACAGCUCACGCAUAGCUUCCCGUCGUAUCGCCUCAAACAGCCGCGAGCCCACCUCAUAUGCGGGACUACUCAGUGACGAUGAAGAUGAUGUUGACUGGUCCGGGGGCUCAAUGCAGAAUGAGCGGCGGAAACGCAGGAUUAAGAAUAACAACAAUAGAAAACCUAGUAAAGUGCAUAAGCACAACAACGGGACGCAGAACUCGGACUCGAACGACGGUGCCACAUACGAAACGAUGAGUGCCAACGAGAAGAAGAAUUUGCUGCAGCAGAUCUGCGGCGUCGUCUCCGAGCACACUAAGAAAUUAUGCACUAGAUCUACUCGCUGUCCGCAACACACAGAAGAACAACGACGCGCCCUUCGCAACAGUGUUCUAGAACCUUCCACUCCAGAGUCUCAGACUAUGGGUCUCACCGCUGAGGAGGCUGGGUCCCCUCCUGACUCCAGCCCUUCAUCAUCCUGUUCCUCGUCCAGCCGCAAGAGAGACCGCCACCGCGCCCAACCAAAAACUAAAAGCAAGAGAGAAAGGAAUAUAUCGCCUAACACAAGGGACUAAGGACUGAUUUCGCUUAUGAGGUAAGCUGGACGCGGUAGAAAAAUAGAUACUUAUAGCUUGCCCCCUAAUGGGGUGAUGUGACUAUAUAUGUGUUCGCUUUAUAGCAAUGAAGCUGUUCCAUUAAUUGUAUUCGAAAAAUUCCUUUGACCGAUGGCCAUAGACAAUGUUUUUUUUAUAUUUACAGAUCUAUGAUACUGUAUUCCUCUAAAGUUCUAGCAUUAAGUUAGAGACGACAAUAAUGACGAAGAUUUAUAUUUGAUUAUAUUGUAUAUUGUUCUGACUAUUUCUUUGGUUCAUAAAUGAUUUCUAUUUAUUUCAAUCAUACAUUCAAAAGUCAACCUAUUAACAUAUAUAUUUGAUAUAUUCACCAUUUUUAAACCAAAAUUAAGGGUAUCCUCCUACUUUGAGUAAUAUGGAGAGGCAUUGCACUGGUAUUAUGGAUAGGAGAAGAUAAAAUAUA